AUGGCCCUGGAGCACCCGAACGUGAUCCAGCUGUUCCAGGUCAUCGAGACCCGGAGCAACAUCUACAUGGUCAUGGAGCACGCAGAUGGGGGAGAGCUCCGGUGCUGCAUCCCGGCAGCAGGUGGGCUGAAGGAGGAGAAGGCCCUCAGGACCUUCAGGCAGAUGGUGUGUGCGGUGCGCCACUGCCACGACCAGGGCAUCACGCACCUCGACCUCAAGUCCGAGAACUUCGUGGUGGACAGCAGGGGCGGCAAGGUCAAACUCAUAGACUUUGGCCUGAGCGCCAGGGUCCAGCCUGGGCAGAAGCUCAACAGCUUCUGGGACAUUCUGCCGCACCAUGCCCCUGAAAUCAUCCUGAAGCAAGAAUACGAGGGUCCCCCGGCAGACGUGUGGAGCCUGGGGGUCACCCUCUUUCUUAUGCUCACAGGGAGACGCCCCUUUAAGGCGAGCACGGCCAAGCGCCAGCAGAGGCUCAUGGUGCAGGCCAGCCACGAGCUCCCCCCGCACCUCUCCCAGGAGGCCCGCAGCCUCAUCCAGCAGAUGCUGACCGUGGACCACCCCGUCCAGAGGCCCACCCUCGAGCAGGUAAUGGGGCACCCGUGGCUGAGCCAGGGCGAGGAAGCUCCGCCCGGUCCUUGCGGUCAGCCACUGCCCUCGCGCCCCGACCCCGCCAUCAUGACCAUCAUGUUUGAUAUGGUCUACGACCCCUACAACGCCUGGGUGUCCCUGGACCAGCGGAAGUUCAAUGAGGCCGUGGGGACUUACCUUCUCCUCCUGCACCAGCGAAGCCAGGGGGCGGGCUGCAAGCUCCAGGAGAGGCCUGUGCGCCGUCAGGUGGUCGGGCCUCGCCCAGGCCCCGCGGAUCCCCCCAGCAUGCAUCCCAACAAGUGUGCCAGCGAGCCUGCCCUUCCCCGGCCCUGUGAGCAGCAGCAACCCAAGGAGGCCAAGUCUUCGGGGCACGAGGGCGCCGCAAGUGCCAGUGUGCCCGCGAUUCCUCUGCGCUUCUUCCAUGGGGACACACCCUCUCCCAGCCCAGUCUCCAGGCCAGACCCUGUGCCCCGCAGGCCCGACCACCCCAAGCCCAGCCCUGGAGGAUCCUCAGCAGAUGGGUAG